AGUAUACGGAGAUUGCAUAAACUUCUUGAUUUGGGUCCGAAAUGAUUAUGUCUACGGCUGUGAAUGUGAUUUAGCCUGACCUACUGAGCUUGAUAGAGGGACAGACGCCACAAAAGCCUCCACAGACCCUGGACUUCGAGAGAGAAACGCGUUCACUGUUCCCCGGACCCAGCAGCAAGCUGUUAGUCCAUCUAUAACCCGCUGGAGAGACGUUGUUGCUUCUACAGUAUCCCUUUGUCGAUAGCCAUCGCAAACAGAGAAGAAACUACCUGUCUAAAUUGGAGAGACGGGCUUGUUUUGUUGUAUCGUGGCUGGAGCGGUUCAAACGAAGCAGGGAACGAGGAAGGUGUACACAGCCCUUGUUUUGAUAAGGCUGAGUGCUAAAGGAACGAAGUUGAAAGGUAGUUUUUGUGAGAACCAGGUUGAAUAAAGUCUCCACAUAAGGACUGCUGUGUUGGUAAACAGAGAGGGUGUGUGGGAGGAGUGCAAAUCAUGGCAGCAAAUGAUCGCCAAUCUUCACCGACAGACUUCUUAUUAGAGCUCACCUCCCCGCAGAGCAGUGUGGAUACUUCCACCCAGGACAGGAUGACUGUCCAACAGGAACUGGAGAAGAAGCUGAGAGCAAGAGCUGUUAGGGAAGACUUGGUCCAGAAGAAUAUCCUGCCAGAUUUCUCUUCGUCUCCUAUUCUAUUCCAACAGACAAAAGAACUGCAGAAGAAGAAGAAUGCGGACUGCUUGCAGAGGAAGCUGCGAAACCGACCGGAGAGACAGAAUCUCAUGCAGAUGAACAUCCUUCCUGGUGAUAUGGUUGAUCCCGGCCUGGCAAGCAAGCAGAUGAUGCUGAAAAAGAACAAACUCGCUGACGAGCUCAAUCGCAAGAUUGCGCGCCGACCAGGGCCCCUGGAGCUUAUCAAGGGACGAAUCUUGGUCCCCGACAACCACGAACUGUCGGAGGUGGUCCCCGACGUCAUGAGGAUGUUUGAGCAGGAGGAAGCCGGAGGUAAGACUUCACCGUCUGAUCGGGGAGAGCUGCAGUAUCAAGGAGCGUCCUCGCUCACCUCUCCGCUGGGGGAAGGAAGCCCUCCGUCAAAAGACGUGGUCACCUCUCCUCUGAGCGACACUUCCGUGCAGCCGCAAUCCCCGGAAGAGAUGCCUUCUCCACUCGGACGCAGCGGGAUGAGGUCGCCUCCGUUUAAUCUUGCCUCGCUCAUUCCACCCUCCCCCAUGCCUCAGUCGGCCAUGAAUACCCCGGGAAUUAUGGCCCCCUCUCACAAGGUCCUCUCCCCCAGUCAGGCGCGGAAGAAACAGCAGAAACAGAAGUAUCGCAAGUUAAGGUAUCACGAAUACGUCCCGCCGACUAAAAACAACGGGAAGGGAGGAAAGACCAACCCCAAACCUCUUCCCAAGCAGGAGACUCCCUAUAGCCACAUUCUUCAACAGCAGCAACUGUUCCUGCAGCUUCAAGUUCUCCAGCAACAGUACCCCAAUGGUGUCCUCAUGCAAAAACUCCCGGACAUCGUGGACUCGCUCACAAAGACCAGCAAGGCCGGGAAAGGAGGGAAGGACCCGAGUCCAUCGGGAGUGGGAGGAGCCACAGGAGGGGGUGGAGUCACUGUACAGACGUCGGUCCCGCAAGUGGUGAUGGUGGAACAGCCGAACCAGUACCAGGUCUCCUCCAUCAGGUUUGAGGAACUCAAAGUGAGCGACUUGAAAGCGGCGUGCAAGGAGAUGGGCAUGAUCGUGUCGGGAAAGAAGGCCGAGUUGGUGGAGCGAUUGAUUGAGCAUAAUAACGGGUAUCUCCCCGCAAUAGCUCUCCCGGAGACCCAGACGAGGGACCCGCAGCGUGCUGUGUCGGGGCGUGCCAUCCACCCCUCAAUGCUGGAUCCACAAGUAUCCAUGUCCGGCUACUCUCCACCUUCACCCACCUCCUCGUCUCCUGUUUUCAAGUUCCCCGGGGAUCACGGCCCCAACUCGAGUGAUGCUGGCGUCGGAAGAAAAGGCUCCCUCUCCUCCCUCUCCUCAAUGGGUGCCCCGCAAGUCAUUCCCGCGCACACUCUCCAGCAGCAGUUUGACGAACUAGUGGAGAGACAAAAACGGAGCUACAUUUGCCAGGGCCAGGCUCCAAAGAGCCUCGCGCCUCGCCCAGAGCUCGGGGACAUGGUCGCGAUAAAGUUCCCCUGUCCGGUGGAUACGCAGUCUCGUGGGGGAGGCGGAAGAGGAGGAGGGGUGGAGGGAUUGGCACCGCAACAGAGGUCUGGUAAGGGAACAACACUCCCGCGGCAGGGAAGUGGAGGGAGCAAUGCAGCCCCUGAGUCCAGAAUGGCAGUGUCGCCCUUUGGUAAACAGUCGCAUUCGCUGCCCAGCAGCCCGCAGCCUCUCUCUCCCUCAGACAGUGCCACCCGGCUCAUUGGGGAGCUAAUGGAGGAUUCCUCGGAGCAGCCUCGAUCCCUCCAGGUCCACUCGUGCAGUGGAGCUGCCAUGGGCGUCAAGGGAGAGAAAGCCACUCCCCCACAGCACCCACACUCUCAACAACCGUUCAUGUCCUCCGCUGCCCCAACUUGCUCCUCGGGUGCAGCUACUUCUAACGGGCUCCCGUUUUCAGGGGCUUACUCCCAGACGAAUCACCACGCCCCGCUGAUGGCGACGAGCAGCUACUACUCGCAGCACGGCCCGAGCAGCAGCAGCAAGCCGCCUCUGCGACAGUCUCAGUCAAUCUCCUCCGUACCCAUCCACGGUAGAGGAGCGAGCCAUGCUCCCGCCGAAACCACAGCACCUCUCAAACGCCCCACCUCCGCCGUACGGGAGCAGUGGCUCUGGUCUCAUGCAGCGCUCCAUGAGCCUCACCAACCCAUACCAGCAUGGUCUGCACCAUCCGAGAGUGCACAGUGCUGCAUCAUUCAGUUCCGACACUGGAGAGAUGAUGGCUACUCAAGAGGGACUCUUCUUUCAGGAAGACUUGCCCACACACCCAAUUGAUGUUCCUAUGGAUACCCAUGAAAGUGUGCCACCACAUGAUCUCUCGGAAAUAUUCAGCAUUCUGGAAGGCGAGGCUUCAGGUUUUGCAGUUCCAGGCCAGCCUCCCUCCUACUCCAGCAAGCUGAGUGGAAGCCAUCGACAGGACUCGCUGCGCUCGGACUCCGUCAUGCUGGCCAGCGGCCUCUCGUCCUACCAAACACCCAACCCUCCCCUCUCCCUUAUACACAAGUCAAACUCUGACCUCUGUCUCAUGGAGAAACAGUGCAUGAAUCCACCGCCCUACAGCGGAGCCAUGCUGGGUGGGGUCAGCUGGCUGGACACGUCUGACGCCAGUGGAGGACUAAUGAGCGAUAUUUCCCCGGGGUCUCUCGCUCUCAACAGCUCAAAUCCCGGGUCCCUCACGCACGAGGGGUUUCAGAUGAAUUUCCUGGACGACAUGAAUAACUUGCACAACAAGUUGACGACGCCUGGAGGCGGUAAUCCCAGCGUGAACGGCUUUUCCCAAGGAGACUAUCUUACUCACAGUCUCCCAGCCAGCAUCAGUCUUCCGUUUCAGCAGGACGAGUCGCAAGCUCUGAUAGAACUCGGGCUCUCCAGUAGCUGAAGAUGCCCCUUGUGUAUAUAUCUACCUCUUGGCCCAUUUCCCUCUCCUUGUGUUAUAUUCCAUUGCUCUCCCUUCCCUCUUCCCCUGUUCCUACUGCCCCUUCCCUUCCUUCUAAACCCACACACACAUAUUUUCAGACCCUGAAUCUCAACUCCUCGAUUAUUCAUAUUUUCUCCCCCUCACUCUCUCUCUCCUGUAUUAUAACUGACACUACUUUGCAAAAAAUUUGAAAAAGACUCAAAGUGCUUUUGCAAUCAUUUCUGGCACUAUCAAUGUUUAGGUUUUUCCCCCACCUAAAGUGUAUGCCAUUGGCUAUUGUGUGAAUGUGGAUGCAAGUGUGUUUGUGCUCCCAUGUGUAUUGUUCACGGUUCCUGUGCUUUACCACGAUUGUAUAAUAUGUUUACCAACAAUGAUGUAUAAUUAUUAUACAAAAGUUCAGAUGGUCAUUGGCAUGCUGUGAACUUCAUUAGGGAGAGAGCACUUUACACCGUUAGAGAGCACUUCAUUAUGUUAUAAAUUUGUGUUCUGAUCAAUCCUGUACCUAGAAUAAGGACGGGCAUAUGCACGAACUAACUCAAUUUGAUCACAGACAGAACAUGUACAACACAUGCCUAUCAUCGUACUAUACAAUAUGGCGCAGUACAGCCCCAUACUGUGUAAUACUGCAUGAAAGGCAAGAUGAGGAAGUGAACAGAAAUUACAGUAUAUACAUGGCUGUUGACACACACCAUAUUAACCAGGGCACAAUACGUGUACGCACAUUAAAAGAUAAACAACGAAAGUGAAGUUGAUUACUCUAACACAAGAUACCGUUACAAGGUUCCCCUAUAUACUGGCCAGCUCACACUCCACGAAAUCGUCAAAGAGGGUUGGCCAUGCCUCUGACUCGUCGUAGUUGCUCAAAUCGGGCGCCACGUUCUGGCAGAAAUCCAGGAACAUGUUCCACGUGUCUCUGGAUAUGCCUCUCGUGUCGUUCUCACCCAGAAACUUGACCCAGUGCUCCAGGACCUGAGGCCGGUCCUGUGUGAAUACCAGGUCCCACAGUUGGACCGCCAUGUUUGUCGGCAGCGAGCGCUGCCCAGCGCUGUGAUCAAGACCAAAACUGAAAGUGAACUGGUACAAGUCCUUAAAUUCGCUGCGGGCGUCCUGCAAGAGCUGCGGGAACCGAUUCCUGAGGCUCUUGGCGUCGAAUGCCUCCAUCUUCUUGCAGCCGUUGAUGAACUCCUCACGAGUGAACCGGCACAUUUGUGAGGCCUCAAACUUCCACGCCAACACCAACACAAUAAACUCUGUGGGGUCUACGUUGAGAUCGAUGCAGAAUCGCUCUAUGCCCUCGGCGAGAAUAGCGGCCUCCUCCUUGUCUUUGUAUAGGUUGAAGUAUUUCUCAAUCUGCGUGUGUUUGGAUGUGCCACCAGAGGCGCUCCCUGUGGAAGUCUGUUUGGAGAGUGAGAACUGUCGAGACGGGAGGCUGGGGGGUGCAUUGCUCUUUCUGUCUGUACUUCUGUGCCUGGUGCUGACUGGCUGGUUGUGGGUCAGGGAAGACGUUCUGCUGGCUGGAUGGUAAUGUUGGUGGUCGUGAGAGCGCGGGCUACCCGAACCAGUAGGCGAGUGUUGUUGAGCGGGCACAGCAGGGAGCCGUCUGUCACCAAUGGCAGGUGGCAGAGUUCUCGACCCUUCUCUGCUACUACCCGCGCUCUUCUUGGAGCUUCCACCGCCGUAUGGUAGCCCCGUGGAGGCGCCCCCGCCCGAGGAUUUGGUGCUGCUACUUCGGGUCCCACCGCGUUUCUUUUGCUUUGUGGAUGACAGGUUUGUGGCGCCCGAAUCAACGGGCGAUUCUCGAGGAGCGUAUUUGGACGACUGUUGGUGUGGAUUCUUGGUAGUAGAGUGUCCUUGUCCCAUAGUUUCACUGAGUGUUGGGUUCUGUAGAAAGAGAACUUGAAAGAACUUCGCGGCCUCCGGAGAGUAUAAGAAAAGUCGAGACUAGAUCCUGUCGGUGUUUGUUUACGCCGUUUCUUGUUCACAGACUAGACUGAUGAAGUCCCAGGCUCUUGGGUUUAGACAACGAGUGAGUCGGAAUACAGAGACGAUGAGUAAAGUCCGAUAUAAAGGAAGGAGAGUCACUGUCAACAGCACGUCG